CACCAUCACGUUGACUUACUGUAAACUAUAGAAUGUUGCUCAUUUGCUGAUAAAUGAUGUCAAACCAGCCAGCAGAGAAAUGGCUCCUCCCUGGACACGGGCCAUUAAAAAGUGAAGCGCUCCCACUGAAGUCUUGAGUUUCUACAACCGCAGCUGAGGUGCAGACAUCACACCUGACUGGUCGUUGUGCAGAAAUGAGGUGGUUUUCUGCAUUGUGUCUCCUGCUCCUGCAGACUGGAGCUCAUGGAUUUGACAUCGAUGAAGAAGACGCCUCUCUGAGUCAUCAGGAGAUCACUGAAGCUGCACUCUUAAAGGUCACAUUGGAGGUUUGCCGUGCCGUGGCCAAGGCUGCAGGCAAAGACAUCAAAGAGCCUUCAGGGUCUCUGACUGCUACAUCUGUUGCUGUCGCAUGUGAAGCAGAAAAAUCUUCCAAAUCCUUCAGCAGUGUUAUCGAAGUGAUCCAAGAAGAGAACGUGGGAGUCGACCACCGUUUUUUCUGGAGCGCCCGUCACCAUUUUGACGCUGAACAAUUUACAAAGGGAAAAAAACUGGUCACGGAUGGCAUCGCCGCUGUGAAGGCCAACAACAAACGCCAAAAAUAUGAAGCAGCAAGAGAGAGACUGGGACAGUUAUUCCACACUUUACAGGAUUUCUACAGUCACAGUAACUGGGUGGAAAUGGGAAACAAGAAUCCAAAUACCAAUCUGAUCAAAGUUAACAAGGACAUUGGAAAAACAGCAGAUAAAGACAGAGCGACCUGUCGGAGCUGUGUUGGAGACGACUGCAAGAACAACAUUUUGGAGGAUAUCUUAAAGGAAAAAAUUCUUACCACAGGAUAUUUUGAUGCUGUUCCUCCAUCCAGCAAACCUGCAGGUAAAUGCAGCCAUGGAGGUAAAUUUGAUAGAACAAGAAAAAUGGACCCUAAAGGUGGGAUCAACAAAGACACACUUGAUUCUGAACAUGGACAUCUUCACAAUCAAGCAGCAAACAUGGCCAUAGCUGCAACCAGUGAAGUACUGCAGGACGUUCGAGCAGCUGCUGGUGACAAAGAAUUCCUACAGAUGAUGGGAAUCAAAAAAGGAAAACCUCUUUGCUUUGUGAUUGACACCACAGGAAGCAUGAGAAAUGACAUUUCAACAGUGAGAACUAUCACCGCUUCUAUAAUUGACAGUAAAGCGGGAACAGAUGACGAGCCUUCAGAUUACGUUCUUGUACCAUUCAAUGAUCCAGACUUUGGUCCACUGACAAGGACCACAGAUGCAGAUGACUUUAAGCGCGCUAUCAAUUCAUUGACUGCAAGAGGUGGAGGAGAUUUCCCAGAGAUGUGUCUUUCAGGACUUCGGUUGGCUUUAACUGGUUCUCCUCCAGGUUCUGAGAUUUACGUCUUCACAGAUGCAUCUGCUAAAGAUGGGUACCUGUUAAGCGCAGUGCUCGCACUCAUAGAGCGAACCAAAUCAGUGGUGAGUUUCCUGAUUACUGGCUCCCUGGGGUUACGUCGUCGAAGAGAGACUGAUGACGACGAUCAACAACAGCAAGAGCAGUUUCAACGGAUUCUUCCAAAAUCAGCCUCCGUGUACACACAGCUGUCGGAGGCUUCAGGAGGUCAGGCUAUUCAGGUCACCAAAAGUGAGCUGGCUGAGGUCACCAGCAUUAUAACAGAUACCUCCAGUUCCUCUGUGGUCAAGCUUCUUCAAGUUUCCCGGAAUGCUGGAAACCCCGAUAAUUUCACAUUUUCGGUGGACGAUUCAGUGAAGAACCUGACGAUAUACAUCACAGGGCGCUCUCUCGCCUUUACUAUCACCAGUCCUUCAGGUGUAACUCAGAGCAGCACUGACACGACCGGACCACUGGUCGUUUCAUCCAGCACAGUCGGAAACUUCCAGACUGUGAAGCUAAACACACAAGUGGGUGUGUGGAAAGUUGAAAUGGUGUCAACAAGUGCCUACAAUCUGAAGGUCGUGGGUGAAAGUUCCCUUGACUUCCUGUUUACCUUUAUGAAGGAUUCAGAGAGCCCAUAUGGAGGUUUACAGGUCUUAUCCAAUCGCCCCACAUCUGGUGAAAACACUACCUUGAGGGUGACAGUAACCGGGAGUGACUCUGCCACGGUGACAGAAGUAACUCUGGUUGAAUUAUUCACAUCAGUGAUGGUUAACGGCAGCGUGGAGGAUCGAGGUAAAGGGGUCUUCUACGUUCGCUUUGACACGAUACCAUCGGGGGAGUUUGUGGUGUUGGUGAAGGGCCAGACCAGCUCCCGCAGAAGUGCUGCCAAAUCCUUCCAAAGGCAGUCAUCCUCCACUAUCAAGGCUUCUGCUGUGUCGGUUAGCGCUACUCUUCCAAACAGGGUUGCAGAACCAGGAGUAUCCUUUUCUGUUCCUUUCUCUGUGUCGACCACUGGGACGGGAGGAACCUUCACCAUCACAGAUACUAAUGACCAAGGUUACAGCUCAUCUUUCCCGCCCAGUUUAUCCCUGCCGUCUGGAGGCAGUGCUAACAGCACGGGAACAAUCACAGCACCGUCUGACACACCAUCUGGUACUGACGUCACCCUGACCAUUGAGGCUACUUCUCCAGGCGGGGACACCAACUAUGUCGUGCUGCGUUUAACUGUCCUUGUCCCGGUGACUGAUGUCACUGCGCCAGUGUGUCAGCUGUCCAACGUGACGGACGACUGCUCAGACAACUGCACUGAAUCUACGUGGGGGGUCUCUCUGCAGGUGCGCGAUGAGGUCAAUGGGACGGGCAUUGAUAGUAUCACCUUCAGACAAGGUGACGGGAACUUGAACACCACCCUGCUCCCGGGCAACAUAACUUCGCUGCUGUACAAUGCAUCCUGUUGCUCACCUGAUGUGGAAAUAGUAGCUGUGGAUAAUGUGGGUAAUGUAAAGUCUUGUUUCUUCUCUGUCCGGAGAGCGACCACCGCGAUGAGCACUACACUCAUCACAACCACCACAGCCGCUAACAACACCACCACCAACUCUAACACCACCACCACCACCAUUGUUACUACUCCGUCCAAGACAACAUCAGCUGCUGUGCCAUUGUCUACCAGUGCAGCUCGUCUCUUUGUACUUUUCCUUAGUGUCACAAUUCUAAGCCUCUGUUAACUCAGUCAGUCUAAACAUGUUACUGUGGAUAAAGAAUUGCAUUUUUGAAAAUCAACAUCAUUGCAGUUGCCCAUUUAUAACCUGUGCACAGAGGUGGAAAAUAAUGAAUUACAUUUACUUGCGUUACUGUAAUUGAAUAGGUUUUUUGUGUACUUUAAACUCAUUUGACUUUGACUUAAGUAUGUUUUUUUUGGAAGUACUGUACUUCACUAAAUUUUAAAUCACAUCUGUUACUGAGUAAAAAAAAAAGUUGGCUUGAAUUUAAAAAAUAAAAAUAAAUUCACGCGCCAAAAACAGGAGGACAUGUGAAUGAAGGAUAAGGACAGGUGAAUCAAUGAUGACGACAGGUGAAUGAUGAUUGUACAAAUUGUAAAGUGAGAACAAAUGCCAAAUAUCGAUGUGUUUCUGUGUUGAGAGUCAAACUAUGGCAUGAGCUCAGAGAAUAGUUCAAAUUAUGUAGCUCUCUAUUAUGUUUAACAGAAGAGCCUUUAUGCUAAAUAUUUUUUGUAUGUAUGUAAAUUAAGAGAAUGUGAUUUAAGUGUUAUUGUUUACUGUUUUUGUUUUGUUUGUUGCUUUUAACAUUUUAAGUUUGGUUGUAUUCUGGGUUAUUCAAUUAAUUGUGCAGGUUAGGAAAAAUACAACAUUGGUGGAUUCCAUUUUUAUAUUACUUCUUCAUUUAUCUGAAAUAUAAAAUGUAUGAUGAUCAUUGUGUUUUAUUGUACAUCACCCACCACUGUGUGCAACAUCUGACAGAUAGGGAAGUUUGCUUUUGGCUCCUGUGUCAUGUGAUUUGUGACCUCCGCUGUGAGCUCUUGUGAUGCUCUGGUGUCAUAGGUGUUCUUCAUUCAGAAACUGUGUCUACAACAUGUCCUUGUUGGCCUGGAAGGCGGAUUUCACGAGUAAUAUGGUAGAGAAGAGAUGGCUAAAAAGGGGUGAUGUUAUGAUUUCUGAUGUCUGUUCGGUAUCGUCUCAGUUCUCCUCGGAUCUGAGCUUCCAAUAAAGCUUUUUAACUCAACUCA